AUAAUAAAAUAGCUUUUAAAUAAAAUAAAGUGAAAAUGAUAAAAAUAAACGGUAUCUGAUUUUUGGCACCGAGUCCCUGCGUCAUUUCAGACGUUUAAAAUAUCUCUACGUGUUUCCGGUGUCGUGGCGAUCACACACACACACACAAGUUGCACACAUCAGUCAGUAAAUCAUCUGAUAAACCACACAAACAUGAUUUCGUUAACGGACUCACAGAAGAUCGGGAUGGGGCUGACGGGCUUCGGCGUGUUUUUCCUCUUCUUCGGAAUGAUUCUUUUCUUUGAUAAAGCGCUCUUGGCCAUUGGAAAUAUCUUGUUUGUCGCAGGUCUCUCAUUUGUUAUCGGACUGGAACGGACAUUCAAGUUCUUCUUCCAGCGGCAUAAAAUGAAAGCCACCGGUUUCUUUCUGGGAGGUGUUUUCGUGGUGCUCAUCGGAUGGCCGAUUGUAGGCGUCGUCCUCGAAGUCUAUGGAUUUUUUCUCCUUUUCCGGGGCUUUUUCCCAGUAGCGGUUGGCUUCAUUAGGCGGGUGCCUAUUCUUGGAUCUUUACUGAAUCUUCCUGGUAUCAGUGGGUUAGUGGAUAAAGUCAGCGAGAGCAACACCAUGUGCUUCUGGUUCGGCGUCUUGCUGGACAACAUUUCUGAACGACAGAUGAGAUUUUUGAUACUUUACCUGUGAAGAAGUUCAGGUGUUUUUUUCUGGGACUGAUUACCAAACCAAGUCAGGCGCUGUUUUUGUUACUGCAUCACACGUCUCCCUCCGGGGGGCGACAGGGACCACUGAACCCCUAAAUGACCACAAGAUGGGCGGACGAUGAAGUUCCAUUGAACGAACCACAACUGAAAGGAACCACUGGGCUCUGAACAAAGUCGUUACUGUUUUUUUAUUGCGCUUUUAUGUGCCAACCGUUGUGUUUUGCUCUCUUUUUAUUCAUCAAAAUCAAAUUUGGACUUUUUCCACAUGAGCUCCACCUAGAGGAGCGGAGACUUUCAUCUCUUCGUGCUCGCGAGGAAAAUUCAGCAACCUAUGUGACAUGCUGUUAUAAUACAUGACUGACUUGUUUAAGUAUUUGUAAAUACUUCAAAUGUGAGACUAAUGUAAAUUUUUUACAGACAAAGAUCCUGUUUAAUAAAUGGAUUAUAUCCUUUACGGUCAUUUAAAGUCAUGUAUAAGCGCUCAGUGCAAAUAUUACACAACAAUUUGAUAUAUUGCUAGCAUGUGGUUUAUACUUUGCACUUUCAUUCAACAUUUAGUGAGUACAUUGACUAGUUCCUGUAACCAACAGUCAGUUGGAAGUGUAACAGUGUCAAUCAAACGUUUGGACGCAAAUGACAAAUUUCUUUGUCUAGAUUCCAACUAUGACCAUUCUGGACUUUCAUGAGGUGCACCAUGGGAUGCUUUAAAACACUUGAACAUGUAAUAUAAGUGCAAUGUUUGAUGAUGCUUUUCCUUACCAAUCUGCUCCAAUGCAUUUAUUUUUUUAAU